AUGACUCGGAGGUGCUCGCAUUGCAGCCACAAUGGCCACAACUCUCGGACGUGCCCCAACCGAGGGGUCAAGCUCUUCGGCGUUCGCUUGACCGAUGGCUCCAUCAGGAAGAGCGCUAGUAUGGGCAAUCUCUCCCACUAUGCCGGGUCGAGUUCGGGUCUCCACCCGAACAAUCCGGGUUCUCCCGGCGACACCACCAACGAUCACGCCGGCGCUGCCGACGGGUAUGCCUCUGAGGACUUCGUGCCCGGAUCGUCUUCGAGCCGUGAACGGAAAAAAGGCACUCCAUGGACUGAAGAGGAACAUAGGAUGUUUUUACUCGGACUGCAGAAGCUUGGCAAAGGUGACUGGCGUGGGAUUGCUCGCAAUUACGUCAUAACAAGAACACCUACUCAAGUAGCCAGCCAUGCACAGAAAUAUUUCAUUAGGCAGACUAAUGUAUCGAGGAGAAAACGGCGUUCCAGCCUGUUUGAUAUUGUAGCAGAUGAUUCAGUUGAGGCUCCAAUGGAACCACUAGACUUCUUACCUGGCAACCAUCUACAAGCUGAAAGUCAAAGCAACAACCCAUUGCCCGCUCCUCCAGCUUUGGAUGAAGAAUGUGAAUCAAUGGAUUCUACCAACUCAGACGGAGAACCUGCCCCUCCACAGGCUGAUAGCUCACAGUCAUUUUACCCAAUGAUAUAUCCUGCAUAUUUCUCACCUUUCCCAGUUCCUUUUCCAUUGUGGCCUGGAUACAGUACUGAGCCCACUAAGCAGGAUAAACACGAGGUUCUCAAGCCAACGGCAGUACAUUCAAAGAGCCCGAUUAAUGUUGAUGAGCUAGUAGGCAUGUCAAAACUGAGCUUAGGAGAGCCUAUAGGUCAUUCCGGCCCCUCCUCGCUUACGCUAAAGCUGGUUGAAGGGUCUUCUAGGCAGUCGGCUUUCCAUGCAAAUCCAGGCUCUGGAAGUUCUGGCAUGAGUUCAGGUGGUAGUCCCAUCCAUGCAGUUUAG